GCAGCUGUGAGAUCUCACCGGGGGUAUGCCCAAGGAUGGCUACGGGGCCGGGGACGCUGGCAUUUUUCGUGUGCGGGGAAAUAUGCUUGUUCCAUUGUGCCUAGACCGCAGGCCAAGCAGGUCUUGAUUGAAAUUUCUCUGUCCACGAUAGCCGUUGGAUCUGCGAGGGAGAAAGAUGGGAAGCAUUCCUGUUGUCAGCUAUCUCGAAUUCGGGUUAUGCUGUAUACGGCUCCGAAGCAGAACGUGGACGACGUCGCAACAGACAACCAAUUGACCUUCGCGGUUCCCCCUCCUUUUGGUUGUUCUUUGGGGCCUAGUCAGGGUACUCCGAGUAAGUUGCCAGGCAUGACAUUUUCCCCACACACAACAACAACACCAGCCCGAUCGAUCCCCGGACUCUCGCCGUCCAGGGUUAGACACCCGGCCAUAGCAGCUUCAGGUGUCGCCGAACCGGUGGGCGGGAAGAAGAGAUAG